AUGGCCGAUGAUGCAGAAAUACUCAAGUUGCAGCUCAAUGACAACCCAGGGCUGACCUUAGUCACUGCACCUCUAGAUGGAACCAACUUCUUGUCCUGGAGCAGAUCAGUAAAAUUGGGACUGAGAUCCAGGAUGAAAUUGAAAUUCAUCAGUGAAGACACAAAGAAACCGGAAGAAAAUACCAAAGAAUGGGAACAGUGGGAUAGAACGGAUUCUAUGGUCACUUCAUGGAUUCUAAACUCUAUCUCACAUGAUAUAGUUGAGAGUUUCAUGUACACUAACUCAUCAAGAGAGUUGUGGGUUGAGCUUGAAAACAGGUUCGGACAAAGUAAUGGUCCGUCUGAAUUUCGAUUGAAGAAAGAACUUGGUGCAUUGUUACAAGGCUCCCUAACAGUUUCUGCCUACUUUUCAAGAUUAAAGAAACUGUGGGAUGAAUUAUCUUGCAUAACCUACACACCAAAAUGUACCUGUGGGGCAGCCAAAGAAUCAGCAGACAUCAACAGCCAUAAUCAGACCAUUCAAUUCCUUAUGGGAUUGAAUGAAUUGUAUAAUCAUGAGAGGAAUCAGAUUCUUAUGAUGGAUCCAGUACCGGGUGUUAGUAAAACUUAUGCCAUGAUUCUCAGAGUUGAGAAAGAGAAAGAAGAGCCGCCAAAUACAUCUCAAAUCAUGGCAAUGCAGGUGUAUAAAAGGCCAGAAUUUCAGAAAAAGAAAUCAUUAGCAGAUAAAAGAAACCAAGUCUGCAAACAAUGUGGCAAAUCAGGCCAUUUAAAAGAAGUUUGUUUUGAAAUAUAUGGUUAUCCGGACUGGUAUAAGACGUUGGUUGAUCAAAGAAAGAAGUCGGGAACUAUGAACAACAAAUUGACAGCAACUGCACAAAUUGAAGAGAAGGUGCACAGUGUGGUAGAUGAGAAAUCAAUGAGUGAACUCAUAAGGACUGAACUACAGAAAUAUUUUGGAGCUUCAGAAGCACAAACAUCAAGCUCCCCAACUUGA